AUGGAAUCUCAUUUCUCAAAACUACUAGUUGCGACUGCUAUGUUAAUUUUACUAUCAGUGAGCUUGGCAGCCUCAUCGUCUCCAUGUAAAUUUCCGGCCAUAUUCAACUUCGGCGACUCAAACUCCGACACAGGCGGCUUGUCUGCUCUCUUCGGCCAGGCGCGUUCGCCCCACGGUGAGUCCUACUUCCACAGCCCCGCCGGCCGUUACUGCGAUGGCCGUCUCGUCAUUGACUUUAUAGCGAACAGCCUCGAGUUACCGUAUCUUAGCGCAUAUCUUGAUUCUGUGGGAAGCAACUUCACUCACGGAGCCAACUUUGCCACGGCGGGCUCAACCAUCAGGCCGCAGAACACAACCAUUCGCCAGAGCGGGUUUAGUCCCGUCUCCCUGGACGUUCAGUACAAUGAGUUCUACGAUUUUCAACCAAGAUCCCAAACCGCUCGUAGUCGAGGUGGAGUUUUUGAACAGCUAAUGCCUAAAGCAGAAGAUUUCUCUCGUGCUUUAUACACAUUUGAUAUUGGCCAGAAUGAUUUAACAUCCGGUUUGUUCUUGAACAUGUCCAACCAAGUCAAGGCAUAUGUUCCUGAUGUGCUAAACCAGUUUAACAGCAUUGUUAAGAAUGUAUACAAUCAAGGAGGUAGAUACUUUUGGAUACACAAUACAGGUCCCUUCGGUUGUCUUCCCUACGUAUUGGACCGCUUACCAAUCCCAGCCGCGCAGCUUGACAAGGCCGGAUGCGUCACGCCUUACAAUAAACUUGCUCGGUUUUUCAACCGGGGAUUGAAACAAGCGGUGGUUCAGUUAAGAAAAGAACUACCAUUGGCUGCAAUCACUUAUGUUGAUGUUUAUUCAGCCAAGUACUCCCUCAUUAGCCAACCACAAAAGCAUGGAUUCAAGCAACCGAUAAGAGCAUGUUGUGGUCAUGGUGGGAAGUACAAUUUCAACAAGCACAUUGGAUGUGGAGGAAAGAUUAGGGUUCAUGGAAAAGAUGUGUUAGUGGGAAAGGCAUGCCAAGACCCAUCACUUUGGGUGAAUUGGGAUGGUGUGCAUUUCACUGAGGCAGCUAACAAGAGAGUCUUCGAUCAGAUUGUAGAUGGUUCACUCUCAGACCCACCAACUCCAUUGAAAUUUGCUUGCCAUGGAAAGCAGCAGCAACCUCAUUAGAAUUUAGAUCUGAUGCUAUCUUUUUUUCUAAAAUUCAAAUAAAAUACUUUAUGUCAUCAGAAUCUUUUGUUAAUUUAAUCUUUAUUUUUUGCUAGGAUUGAGGACCAAGUGGUGACCUAAUGUCUCUCCAAAGUUUUUAAAUUCAUUUUUUUUCAUCUGCUUUCUCCUUCA